CCUCCUGAGAAGACCUUCACCUCCUCAGCCAUGGCUCCCUGCAGCUCUGACUCCUCCAGGAUCUCUCAGAAAGACAUCAAGCUGAAGAAGCCCGUCAUGGAGAAGCUCUGCAGAGAUCGCAUCAACAGCUGCAUCGAGCAGCUCAAAGUCAUCCUGGAGAAAGAGUUCCACAAGCAGGAGCCCAACUCCAAGCUGGAGAAAGCCGACAUCCUGGAGAUGACCGUGAACUUCCUGAGGCAGCAGCUGCAGGCGGGCGUCUGUCAGGGCGACUACAGCCAGGGCUACUCCCACUGCUGGAGGGACUCCAUGCGCUUCCUCUCCAGCUCCGAGGCCUCGGUUCCUCCUCUGCAGGGCCUCCAGAGACAGGACCAGAAGCUGCAGCAGGUCCAGAGAGGCAGCAGCUCCAUCCUCAGGCCCACCACCCUGCAGGACAACAGCAGCAGAGGCCCGGUGUGGAGGCCUUGGUGGAGACCUGAGGGGUCCUGCUUCCUUUCCCAGCUGCUCUUUCACUCCAUGAGUUUACAGUGUUUCAUCACAUUGAUGAGGAUUUACGUAUCGGUUGUUCUGACCUCAUGAACCUUCAUGUGCACCACAUCUCAUCACAUCUCAGUAUGUUCUUGCCUCACAGUGAGGAAAAUCUCAGUGUUUGGAUCCUUCAUAGAACCGAAGGAAGUAAAGUUAAUGCUACAUUAUGAUUGAAACAUGAUGAUUUUUUGCCUUUUAUAAAGGAAGAAAGUAUUUGAUGACAUGUCAAAAAUCAGCAGCUAGCAGUGUAAGUUCUGAAUAUUGUUCAUUCUGUUGUAAAGAAUUAUGUUAGUAAAUGCUGUGUAUUUGAAAUAUAAAUGAAGAUACCA